AACAGUGUUCUUUUUUAAAUCCGACUUGUAAUCUGACUGGUCGGAACAGUUCAAAACUGAAACUCCACAUGCACCGACUGAGGCAUUCAAUCGAAUACAGAGUAUGUACCUGUACUGUAUGGUAAAUACGCCAAGUCCAUAGUGCUCUCUGUAGUUGUCCCGCCGCCCUACCGGGCAGGGGAGGAGAUGCCAAGAUCAACGCCGCGUAUAACACGGAUGCUCUCAAUCAGGCUCGACUCCACGAAACGAUCGUCCUUCCCAGUGAUUGGAUGCGGGGAUGUAAAGGUCGACGCGUACACUCUCAAUCCGGUAAAGUGUGAAACGGGAGGUAACCUCCACCUAUUUCCGGUCGAUAGUCUCUCUGAAGAAAGUUUAGGGGCAUUCUGGAACAAUGCGUUGCGGUGGCGGAUGUACCGGAGAGUUGCAUUGCAUUGUGUUCUCGAUUUGAGGCGCAGGAUCGUACGUGUCUGUAGGUUGACGUUGGCGAUAAAGCUAUACAUAUCAAUCAUCAUCAUUCGCGUGCUGUUUCUGUUUUAAUAAAUCAAUCGUUCUGGACAUCUGCUUGGCCCAAGGUACUUCCUCGGCUUGAUACCGUAUAAGUGGCACGGGACCCAUCCGGAAAUCAAUGGCUGGGCUCGA